AUUCAUGUACCAAAGAUUAUAACACAACAUGACUCGGUGAGGUCCAAAUAUUUUUAAUUAGUCUAGGAAGAUAAUCGAGCACACAACACUAUAUUUUUCAUUUGCAGAAUUUUCUAAAUAUAUUCUGAAGUUUUGAAAAUCAGGUUUUAAUCAUAUUCUAUAUUGUAGAAGAAACUUUGAUCCGAACAUGCAGAAAUACCUCAAAGGUGACCAAUCAGCUUUUGACAUGUUUUUGUUUGAAGAAGUUGGACAUGAUCUUGUCAAGUUGUUUAAAAAAAAUCACUUAACAUUUGAAUAAUACAUUUAGAUACAUCAACAGAGAGUUUUAUUAAAUUUAGAUUUUCCUGACCUAAUUGCCAAACUAAGAUUAUUCAAUUCUAUAAAUGUAAUUGGUAAAUCCAAUUGUAUCUCUGUAAAAGUUGAAAGUAUCUCAUUACUAAUACCCAUUGUGUAAGAUGUAAAACACAUAUUUGAGAUCAUUCAUUCAGUAUUAUGAUUGUUCUUUUUUUCCUCUUGACACAAUUAGUACUGUUGAUUUCCAGCUUUCCUUGAUAUCUUAUUUCAUGCUGUUUACAUUUUAAGGUUUUAUAAACACCUUAACAUUUAGCCUUCUAAAUUUCUAAAAUGAACUGGCCCAUCAUUAAGUGUGGGCUGGGCUAUACCAUUUAUCAUUUGAAGGGGUGCUAACUGAAAAUUUACUGACUGAAUAGCAAACAUUGCAGUCCCAAUGAUGAUCAGCCUGCACGGAAUCACUUGCCGCCAGCAGGCUAAAGGUUAACCUUUUAACAAACUAGGUUGAAAUCUCAUGUUUGUUCUGAUAUAUGGGUUGUGGAAGUUAAUUUUGCGCCUGUUAAUUUUGAAAUCUAGAACUGUGAUUAAGACUUAUUCUUUCUCAGAUGCAUAUAUAACCUAUUAAUGAAAUAAUAUAAAGCUGAUGUGUGUUUUGAUUAAUCUAAACACAAAGAAAAGGUUACAGAGGCAUUAUAGCCAGAGUGAAUUGAGCCGUGCCAUGAGAAAACCAACAUAGUGGUUUGCGACAAGCAUUGAUCCAGACCAACCUGCGCAGUCUGGUCAGGAUCCUUGUUGUUCGCUUUCAAAGCCUACUGCAAUCAGAGAAUCCAUGCUGGUCGCAAACGCACUAUGUUGGUUUUCUCAUGGCGUGGCUCAAUUAUUCUUUAUGGUUUAGCAGUAUAUAUCACAAAACAACAGAAAUUAUUAGUAAACAAACAACAUCUUGACAAACAUCUUAUCUGUCUAAUACAUGUUUUACUGUUCUGUCACAUAGAAUUGGAUACUUAAGAUAUCCUAUAGGAGUUGUCCCCCUUUAAAAAAGAAUGCCAUUUGUAAAGAAGUAAAUGUAUACAAUUGUCAAAAAUGAUGUUUUACCUUGUAAUGUUAAGUUUAAAAAUUGGUACUUUGUUGCAAGUGCAUCAAAACGAGGACAUGUAACAGCUUUUUUAAUAAAUGUGUGGAGGAACCUGUGGUAGAUGAACUAUCAGAAGUGAUAGGCGCUGUCCCUGUACAUGGUGAGAGAGUUAUUACAAAAGCUCUAAGUGAUGCAGAGAAAGCCCUAGAAGGUACAGGCACUCUUAAAGAUAUCCACAAUGAAGAUGAAGGAACCAUGGUGGAGGACUUGAUUAAUCAGUGCAGUUACCAGAUGAUAGAAGAUGAGGACCAUGUACAACUGGGCGGAGUAGCACACUUCAAGGACUUCACUCUACCAUUUGUGUACAUCAAUGGCUACAAGUACACGCCACUGAGAGACGCUCUAACACUCUUCUCGCCGGAAUGUUGCAUCUCAGCUUGUACAAUUCCAAGAAGUGUCUUGCAGAAACACAAAGCUAUUGUCAAGACAUUUAGCACUUGGGAGCAGGUGUAUAAGUUGGAACUGAUAAAGAUGAAGAAAGGACCAGCAAUUAUGACAGGUGAUAUGCUGUUGAAACUGGAUACCCUUUUAACACUGCUACCUGAACUUAUUCAACAAAUAGUAGAACUGCACAUUGGAACGAAGUUGAAAAGAAGCAAAACGUGUGAUAUCAAUGCGUAUAAGAUAUUAAAGUCAACGUUUAUGUGAAACAGUUACAAGUAAAACAGAAUUCUAUGGUUUUGAGAUAUCUGAGUGUGUAUAAACAUUGAGGUCUAAGUUUAUGUGAAUGCAUAUAAAAAUAUAGGAGUCAAUUUAAUGUGCUAUUAUUAGUAGGUAUGAAACAUUAAAGUCAGUUUACAUGAUAUCAGUGUGUAUGAAGUUUAAAUAAUAUCAGUGUGUAAAUGUGUAUGAAGCUGUAAAGUCAGUUGUUUACAUGAUAUCAGUUUGUACGAAGUUUACAUAAUAUCAGUGUGUAUGAAACAAUCAGGUCAAUUGUUUACAUGAUAUCAGUGUGUAUGAAGUUUAAAUAAUAUCAGUGUGUAAAUGUGUAUGAAGCUAUAAAGUCAAUUGUUUACAUGAUAUCAGUUUGUAUGAAGCUUACAUAAUAUCAGUGUGUAUGAAACAAUCAGGUCAAUUGUUUACAUGAUAUCAGUGUGCAUGAAGUUAACAUAAUAUCAUUGUGUAUGAAGUUUGUUGUUUACAUGAUAUCAGUGUGUAUGAAAUUUAUAUAAUAUCAGUGGAUAUGAAACUAUAAAGUCAGUUGUUUACAUGAUAUCAGUGUGUAUGAAGUUAACAUAAUAUCAGUGUGUAUGUGUGUAUGAAUUUUAUUGUUUACAUAUCAGUGUGUAUGAAAGUCAUAUAAUAUUAGUGUGCAUGAAACUAUAAAGUCAAUUGUUUACAUGAUAUCAAGGUGUUUGAAAUUUACAUAUCAGUGUAUAUGAAACUAUAAAAUCAAUUGUUUACAUGAUAUCAGUGUGUAUGAAAUUUACAUAAUAUUUGUUUGUAUGAAACUAUAAAGUUAAUUAUUUACAUGAUUUCAAUGAGUAUGGAUUUUACAUAGUAUCAGUGUGUAUAGUAUGUAUGUAUUUAUGAAGUUUAUUGUUUACAUACUAUCAGUGUUAUGAAACAUUAAAGCCAAUAGUUUAAAUGAUAUCAGUGUGUAUGAAACUACAAAGUCAAUUGUUUACAUGAUUUCAGUGUGUAUGAAGUUUAUAUAAUAUAUCAAUGUGUAUGAAACAUUAAAGUCAAUAGCUUACAUUUUUAGUGUGAUGAAACAUAAAAGUAAAAGUUUGUAUGAUACUAGUGUGUGUAAAACAUUGAAAUCUCAGUUUAAGUGAUAUCAUUGCAUAUGAAACAUAGAUAUCAGCAUAAUUAUAUGUAAUAUUAGUGGACUUUAAACACAGGAGUCUAUGUUUAGGUUAUAUUAGUAUAUGGUUAAUAAUAAAAGCUUGUUUUUACUAGUAGGUGGAAGACAUGUAUUCACCCUUAGCAAUGAUGUCCUUAGAAUGUCGUGACAUCAUCACAUUGUGAUAUAUACAAAAUUUUAGUCAAAACACUGCUAAUUUGUGGAUUUUUUUUUGUUAUUUCUUUUUUUGAAAAUCAUUAUGGUUCUAGAUUAUGAAGAAGAAAACCAACUGCACAUAGAUUUUUAUUAACUUACACAAAUUCUUUUAAUUCAUUUAAUUUCAUUUCAAAAGCUAUGCACACAAACAAGGCAAUUUAGAAUUUAGCAAAUCUGUGAAACAAUUGCUGCUUUAAUCCACAAUUUCUCAAUUAAACAAUAAUCUUUGAUUUAUCAAAACCGCCUUUUACACCAUUGUUUAAUAUAAAAUUAUUUCCUUUUGUAGUGAGGUUGUUUCAGGAUUUACCAAAUACCUGAGGUUGAUAUCACAUUUCACAGGUCUAUUAAUCAUAAAUGAGCCACGCCAUGGGAAAAGCAACAUAGUGGCUUUGCGACCAGCAUGGAUCCAGACCAGCCUGCGCAUCCGCACAGUCUGGUCAGGAUCCAUGCUGUUCGCUAACGGUUUCUCUAAUUGUAAUAGGCUUUGAAAGCGAACAGCAUGGAUCCUGACCAGACUGUGUGGAUGCACAGGCUGGUCUGGAUCCAUGUUGGUCGCAAAGCCACUAUGUUGCUUUUCCCAUGGCGCGGCUUAAAUAUUAAUGUAGACUAACCUUUCAAGACAAUAGCUGUAUCAUUAUUAAAUCUAACAAGUAAGGUAACUAGACUUUGUGGAAUUCAAGAUUUUUUUAACCUUUACCCUGCUAAAUUUCUGUAAUGGACUGGUCCAUCAUUCAUUUUGGGAAAUACCAUUUAUUAUUUGAAGGGGUUUUUACUGAAAAUUUACUGACUGAAUAGUGAACGCAGACCACAGUCAGCCUGCAUAGACGUUUAGACUGAUCAUGGGCAGAAUCACUUGCCACCAGCAGGCUAAAAAUUAAUUCAGAAUGUUUCAACUUUUGAAAUACCAUAUCUGGACAAUGGUAUUUAUGCGAAGAUUAUCAUUCUGAAUGAAUAUUAUCAGCUUAUUCAGUCCCUGCUGGUUGUAAGAUCGGUUUUGGCAACUAUUGCAUUGUGUGGUUCUGUUUUGUUUAAACUUUCAUGUUCAGUUCAUAACUGACUCAGGAAUUUUAAUAUUUCUUAGCACAAAUGUUACCAAUAAUUAGACAAUGUGUCGUAAGCAAAACUCAGACCCAUGGCUUAAAGGUGAAUGUCAAAAUUGGGGUCAAAAGUUAAGAGGGUUUGUUUUGUGUCCUUUUCAUUACCCUCUGUCAAUCAAGUUUAUUUUACUUGGAAGAAAUUGUCCUCAUAACGAGACAAUAUAAUUACUGAUGUUACGAAACACAUUAACAAGACAUAUAAUUGGAUGGCAGUAUUCCAGUCACUUGUUAUGUAUUGGGCGGUUCAGUAUGGCAGUAUAUUUGGUUAAAGACCUGUAUUUGAUUAAACAUUUUGACAAACUGCUAGGAUGGGUUUGAGCCCAUAUAUUUUCUGUUACAGGAAACUGUUCAAUUAUCUUUUAAUUGUAUGCUUAUUUUUUCCUGUAAAGAAUGAAAACAAUAAAAACAUGCAUAAUUAUUGGGAUCUAAAGCAAUGUAUGUGUAUUUCAAAAGAACAAUACAUCUAUGGACAUUGAAGUUCAUGCAUACAGAUUCUUUUAUAGGUCAAACACUUUUUAGUGCUAUUAAAUUCAUACGAAAAAGACUAACAUUGUCUAAUAGUGGAAAGUAUGUUAUUCAGUAUCUAAAUAUUUUAUACCCAUUACAAUCAAACUUUAUAUCUUCAAAGUUUGUCUUAGUGAAUGUUUGCACACAUUAUCUUUAAGUUGCCAAUUUUUAGUAUACUGGACGUAUUGUAAUAAGGUGAAAUGUUUGCUAUUUGUGUUAAGCUGAAGAAUGUUAGAUAAUUGAGCCGCGCCAUGAGAAAACCAACAUAGUGGGUUUGUGACCAGCAUGGAUCCAGGCCAGCCUGCGCAUCUGCGCAGCACUGUCUGGUCAGGAUCCAUGCUGUUCGUCUUCAAAUCCUAUUGCAAAUUGAGAAACUGUUAGCGAACAGCAUGGAUCCUGACCAGACUGCGUGGAUGCGCAGGCUGGUCUUGAUCCAUGCUGGUCGCAAACCCACAAUGUUGGUUUUCUCAUGGCGCGGCUCAAUUAUAUUUAUAGAAGCCUGUGAUUAUUUUACCAGUCUGUGAUAUGAUAAUAAUGUAUGUUUUAUGGUUGAAUUCGGUCAUAGAUCAGUCUUAGGUGUUAGUUUUGGGUCUGUAUGAUUGGAUUGGACUGUAUAAUUAAAAACAGUGAAGUAACGCAAGGUUUAAGCUUUGUGAAAGUCGCACUUCUUUUUCAGUAAAAGUAAUUAAGUUCCAAGUUUUCACAAGGAUGCAGAAGCAGUCAUCUGAGGUAAUGUUUUUAACCAAAGUUGAAAACCUGGUUGUUAUAUUAGAGAUGCUGACAGGUGGAUGGCACAGUGGUGUAAUGAUUUAUAUUUCCAUUCAAUAACUAAAGUUUGGCUUGAGAUAUAGACUCAAUACUUGGCCUAGAUUGGACUGCACCUGAGUAUAUUCAAAUUUAACUUGGCAUAUAGGUAUCCCAUAGGAAAAUCAAGGUCAGGAGUGCAUUAAAGGUCAGCAUAACUUAAUCAAUCUGCUUACUUUGAAAAUUCCAUAAUUGCACAGUGGUCUAAUGCAUUGGUCUGUUGUACCUUUUUAAAUGUAGAAUUUCUUAAGGGCAACAAAGUAGGUGCACUAAUCUUGGUCCGUGCUGUAACUUUUUUCUGUUUUGGGUAAUAAAAAUGAGCUAUUUAGAUACCAUAAUAAAAUGAGCUCUUUAGAUACCAU